AUGCUGUUUUCAAGGAGAGGUGGCCAGGGAGGCCGGUGCCUGCUGCUCUCACUUCUGCUCUUCACAGCCUGUGGGGCUGGCAGCAGCCAGAUCCACUACUCGGUCCAUGAAGAUGCCAAACACGGCAGCUUCGUGGGCUGCAUCGCUCAGGACCUGGGGCUGGAGCUGGCCGAGUUGGUGUCAUACCUGUUCUGGGUGGCGUCCAAAAGCAUGGACGUAAAUCUGCAGAACGGCAUUUUGUUUGUGAAUUCUCGGAUUGACCGGGAGGAGCGAUGCAAACAGAACACGAAAUAUAGUAUCCACCUGGAGGUGAUCGUGGACAGGCCGCUGCAGGUGUUGCAUGUGGAGGUGGAGGUGAAGGACAUUAAUGAUAAUCCACAGGUCUUUAGAGUGAGAGAACAAAGGUUAUUUAUUCCUGAAUCUAGGCUGCUGGAUUCACGUUUCCCGAUAGAGGGCGCUGCUGAUGCAGACAUUGGUACCAACGCUUUUCUAACAUACACUUUCAGCUCCAGUGAUUAUUUCUCUUUGGAUGUACAGGCAAGUGAUGAACUGAGUAAGUCACUUUUGCCUGAACUGAGGAAGUCUGUGGAUAGAGAAGAUACACCAGAACUUCGUUUAUUAUUGACAGCCAGUGAUGGGGGCAAACCAGAACUAGAAGGUACAGUUCAGCUGCUGAUCACGGUGCUCAACAUUAAUGAUAACGCCCCAUGGUUUGCCCAGGCCGUGUACAGAGUACACUUAUUAGAUACUACUAAUGUUCCAGCAAAUGGAACAUUAAUGACCACAUUAAACGCCUCUGACGCUGACAAAAGUGUAAAUGGCGAAAUUGUCUUUACUUUGGCAAUGUUGUUAAACAAAUUCAAAAUUGAUUCCAGCUCAGGGGAAAUUAGGCUAAUUGGUAGACUGGAUUAUGAAGAAACGAAAUCCUACGAAAUUCAGGUAAAAACAGUUGAUAAAGGAGGUCCUCCAAUGUCAAAUCACUGCAAGGUUUUAGUGGAAGUGCUGGAUGUAAAUGAUAAUGCUCCGGAACUGGCGGUCACAUCGUCUUUGCCUGUAAGAGAGGAGUCUCCACUCAGCACCGUCAUCGCCUUCAUCUCCUUGUCUGACCGUGACUCUGGGGUCAAUGGGUAGGUGACCUGCACCCUGACGCCUCAUGUCCCCUUCAAGCUGGUGUCCACCUUCAAGAAUUACUAUUCGCUGGUGUUGGACAGUGCCCUGGAUCGCGAGAGUGUGGCAAACUAUGAGGUGGGGGUGACCGCGAGGGACGGGGGCUCGCCUUCUUUGUCGGCCACCGCCAGCUUGUCCGUGGAGGCGGCCGACAUGAACGACAACGCGACCGCGUUCGCACAGCCCGAGUACACGGUGUUCGUGAGGGAGAACAACCCGCCCGGCUGCCACAUCUUCACGGUGUCGGCGCGGGACGCGGACGCGCAGGAGAACGCGCUGGUGUCCUACUCGCUGGUGGAGCGGCGGGUGGGCGAGCGAGCGCUGUCGAGCUACGUGUCGGUGCACGCGGAGAGCGGCAAGGUGUACGCGCUGCAGCCGCUGGACCACGAGGAGCUGGAGCUGCUGCAGUUCCAGGUGAGCGCGCGCGACGCGGGCGUGCCGCCUCUGGGCAGCAACGUGACGCUGCAGGUGUUCGUGCUGGACGAGAACGACAACGCGCCGGCGCUGCUGCUGCCCGGGCCGGGCGGCGGGGCGGGCGCGCUGAGCCAGCGGGUGGCUCGGUCGGUGGGCGCGGGCCACGUGGUGACGAAAGUGCGCGCGGUGGACGCGGACUCGGGCUACAACGCGUGGCUGUCGUACGAGCUGCAGCCGGCGGCGGGUGGCGCGCGCAGCCCGUUCCGCGUGGGGCUGUACACGGGCGAGAUCAGCACGACGCGCGCCCUGGACGAGGGCGCGCCGCGCCAGCUCCUGCUGGUGCUGGUGAAGCACCACGGCGAGCCGGCGCUGACGGCCACGGCCACGGCCACCGUGCUGCUGUCGCUGGAGGACAGCGGCCAGGCGCCCAAGGCCUCUUCGCGGGCGUCGACGGGCGCCGCUGGCGCGGAGGCCGCUCUGGUGGAUGUGAACGUGUACCUGAUCAUCGCCAUCUGCGCGGUGUCCAGCCUGUUGGUGCUCACGCUGCUGCUGUACACGGCGCUGCGGUGCUCGGCGCCGCCCAGCGAGGGCGCGUGCGGGCCCGGGAAGCCCACGCUGGUGUGCUCCAGCGCGGUGGGGAGCUGGUCUUACUCGCAGCAGAGGCGGCAGCGGGUGUGUUCUGGGGGCGGGGGGCCGCCCAAGACCAACCUCAUGGCCUUCAGCCCCGGUUUUUGUCCAGAUCUGAGCACGUAGGGAAGAAGUGAACAUCCAGAGACAAACUCCGUAAUAUAAG